AUGGAUUAUCAACAAAAUCACGAAAGAUUAUAUUCAAGGUAUAAUGAUAGAAGAAAUAAUUAUAAAAGUAAUUCUUUUCAAAAAAAGGAUCAGCAUUCAAAUUCUGUUUAUAACAAUUUGGAUAACAAAUUUGAAAAGUUUAUAAUACAAAUUGAUACUGAGAAAGUUGGAAAAUUAAUUGGUAGAAGUGGAAGUAAUAUUAGAGAACUACAGGAUAAAACAAAUACUAAAAUUCAUGUUGAUAGAUCAACUGGAAAUGAUACUACAUCUGUGAGUAUAAUUGGAACCAAAGAAGCACAACAACAAGCUAAGAAUUUGAUAGAAGAAUCUUUAAAAGAUUUUCCAUACACAAGACAAAAAUUAGAAAAUGAGGAAAAAGAGCAAAAUGAUAAAACACAAAUUGAUUUUACCAAUUUUGAUUGGACUUUAGCUAGCAAAAGAUGUGAUGAAUUUCAAAAAGAAAAGUGGGCAAAAUGUACUUCUAUUAUUAAAAAUUUUUACAAAGAGCAUCCAGCAGUUACUAACAUGACAGUGGAGCAAGUAGCUCAUAUCCGGAAAAUAAACAAUAAUAUAGAAGUAAAAUAUAUGUUUGAUGACCAAGAAAAAGAUUCUGAGCAAUUAAAAAUACCUAAUCCUGUUGAGACAUUUGAACAAGCUUUUGAAGAUUAUCCUGAAAUACUUGAAGAAAUUAGAAAUCAAAAAUUCACCAAGCCAAGUCCAAUACAAUGUCAAGCUUGGCCUAUUCUUCUUAGUGGCAAAGACCUUAUUGGAAUUGCACAAACUGGAACAGGAAAAACAUUGGCAUUUUUACUGCCUUCUUUGAUUCAUAUUGAGGGUCAACAAAUACCAAGAUCACAGCGGACUGGACCUAAUGUUCUUAUUAUGGCUCCUACCAGAGAACUGGCAUUACAGAUUGAAAAAGAAGUAAACAAAUAUUCUUAUCGUGAUAUAAAAGCGGUAUGUGUCUAUGGAGGUGGAAGUCGUAAAAAACAAGUUAAUGUGGUAACAAAAGGUGUGGAGAUAGUUAUUGCAACACCUGGUAGGCUGAAUGACCUUGUAGAAGCAAAUAUUUUAAAUAUUUCCUCAGUCACGUAUCUCGUCUUAGACGAAGCAGAUCGUAUGCUUGAUAUGGGAUUUGAGCCACAAAUUAGAAAAACUUUGUUAGAUAUAAGGCCAGAUAGACAAACAGUUAUGACAAGUGCUACAUGGCCUCAAGGUGUUAGGCGUUUAGCUCAAUCAUAUAUGAAAAAUCCAAUACAAGUUUUUGUUGGAUCCCUUGAUUUAGCUACUGUACACACAGUAAUACAGAAAGUUUAUAUUAUUGAUGAAGAAGACAAGACAGAUAUGAUGUAUCGUUUCUUUCGUGACAUGGUUUCUACUGAUAAAGUAAUAGUAUUUUUUGGAAAGAAGACUAAGGUUGAUGAUGUAUCGAGUGAUUUAGCUUUACAGAACGUUAAUUGCCAAAGCAUACAUGGAGGAAGAGAACAAUCUGAUAGAGAACAAGCGUUAGAAGAUUUAAAAACCGGCGAAGUUCAAAUAUUAUUAGCAACCGAUGUUGCCAGUCGAGGCAUCGAUAUUGAAGAUGUUACGCAUGUAUUAAAUUAUGAUUUCCCACGAGAUAUAGAAGAAUAUGUUCAUCGUGUUGGUCGCACCGGCCGUGCAGGACGCACAGGUGAAAGUAUUACUUUUAUGACGAGAAAAGACUGGUCUCAUGCAAAAGAAUUAAUUAAUAUUUUGGAAGAAGCUAAUCAAGAAGUACUUGAAGAAUUAUACCAGAUGGCCAAUAGGUAUGAGGUAUGGAAAGAAAAACGAGCAAGUGAGAAGCAUUUUGAACGUUUAGACAGAGGUGAUCGUUCAUACAGAAGAAGUAAUAAAAAAUGGUAG